AAUCACUUAACAUAGAUAGACUGUGUUUAGAAUGUAGUGUCAAGUGUACUUUAUUCGUGUUUAAAGAUAAAAAAAGGAUAUAUAUAUUUUUUUUUUUGUUUCCGAAUAGUAUAUCAAAACAGAAAUGGCAAGUUCUAGUACUGGUGAUAAGACUGUCAAUAAAGUGGCUUUAUGCUCAGCUAUAUUUGCUGGAUUUGCCUAUGUUGGGUAUUCAGUUGUAAGAACAGCUUUUUGCAGAAAAUUAGGACGAAGGGAAGGCGAAGUUUACCAAGACGAACAUCGCCUUUACUUCAGAAGAUUGUCACAAACAACGCAAACUGAUGUUUUAUUGGGUAAUCUUGAUAUGUCUGGUUCAGGCAAAGUUAUUUUGAGGCCUAUGACAGUUCAAGAAAGAAUCCGAGAAUUGAAUCUUCAAGCAAGGUUGUUCACAGACACAAUGCUUGCCAUUCAAGCAACAUCUGGCCAUUCUCCUCGCCAUGUGCCUGGGCAUAGAAGUCUUCAGUGCUCUCCAUGGAGUUCACCCCGAAUCUUAUCACCUGUAGAUAUGAGACAUAUUCUUACAAGUCGUUCUUCAGAAAAUUUGCUUACUGUUAAAUGUGGUGAGGCUGUAUUAUCAUCUCCUAAAAGCAAAAAAGGAACUCGACGGUCUUUGAAAUCAAGGGCUCAGUCACACAGCCCUGAAUCUCAAGUUGAUUCUUGUGAACUUGAACUAUUAAAAGAAAAAGAGCAGCAACUGAAAUUAAAUCUAGACAAAAUAUCUUUAGCACAGAGAGAGAUACCUCGCCAUGAUGCUAAGAGCUUGGUGAUUCUUUUACAGAGCAAUGAUACUGCUUUGUUGGAACGAACUUUGACAACUAUCAGUAAUGGUGCUACUAUCCCUGCCAAUCAAGUAACUUUAAGGGAAGUUGGUUGCCUACUUAGAGUUCAGAGACUAUUGACUCAUUCUAAACAAUCAGUUCAGAUAGCAGCUGUUACUGCUCUUGGAAAUCUUUCAUUGAACAAAGAUAAUCAAAAAGAAUUAAAGGAUUGCAUACCUGUGUUAUAUUCUUUACUUUUGGACCAGCCUUCUGAAAAACUUACUUUUCAAAUACUGUUAACUUUGACCAAUAUUGCUGUACUACCUGAUUGGCAUGAUGAAUUCUGUCCAAUUCUUCAUCAUCUUUAUCAUCUCGUGGAUUCUGGAUCUGCUCCUGUGAAACUUCAAGCACUUCGAGUUUUAGUUAAUCUAUCUUGCAAUGAUGACAUGAUCCCUAGUCUUCUUGCUGCUCAUGCUCCAAAAAAAUUACUGCACCUGUUAGAUAUGUCAACGAAUGAAGAUAUUUUGUUACGAGUGGUGACCUUAUUAGCUAACUUAACUCAGUGUGUAAGAAGAUUAAAAAUUGAUCCAAUUUUAGAUUUGCCUUUAGAAGAUAAAGCUCCAUCACCUGACACCAUGUAUGCUGCAAUCUUUGGAGUCAGUAUACAGGAAAAACUAUGUAGUAAAGCUUUCACAUUAAUGAGCCAUCAUUUAGAUGAAGAUAUUAGAAUCAUGGCAAGAAAAAUUGUUGAAGCUUUGAAGCCGUAACUUUACAUGAUCUGAUCAGGAAAAUAAUCAUUGAAGCUUUUAAGCCAUGUUUUUGUAUUAAGUAGUAUGUGUAAGAACAUAAUCGUUUAUUAUGAAUGUGAAUAAUUAAAAGUUUGGUUACCAUGCCUAAGAGAACAUUUUUUCUUGACCGCAAUGUCUAAU